GCCUUUCGUUUCAUUUGUAAAUAUAAGAACAGUAUUACUUACGUAAAUUCGAUAAGAGGCAAAUUUAUAUUUGUUCACAUCCAUAUAAUAGGUGUGUACAAUCUUUCGAAGGUGGUUUCCAUCCACUUAGCCCUGCGAGAUGCGUCGCUUUGCAAGAUAUCUGCACACCAUUCGUUUAGAGUUGAACAAUGCUGGAGACUGUGCGCGCCUUCCAAGUCUGACAAACUUUUGUAUUGUGCCAAAGCCAGCUUCGGUCAAGCAAGAACCUGUUGUAAAAGCAACAACCACUAGCGCAUCUGCUGGCACAGUAACACACAUGGUGACCCAGCAAGUGCGCAAAUAUGCGCCAGCAGCCAGUAAUAAGCUAGCUGACAUCGCAUGCUGGAACUGCAAGAAGAGUGGCCGUAAAAAAUAUAUGUUGUGCUUGUCUUGCGGGUAUUUGCAGGAUGUAGACAUGGACGUGAAUUAUUUUGAUUUACUAAGUUUUCCGAGGAGUUUUUCUUUGAAUGAACAAGAACUAACGCGACGAUUUCGUCAGCUGCAGACAUUAGUACAUCCGGAUAAAUUUAGCAAUAAGACAUCACGUGAACAAAACAACUCUGCUGACUGGAGUGCUCUAAUCAAUAGAGCCUACAAAACGCUGUCGGCUCCAGUAGAGCGUGGCCAAUAUAUAUUGAAGUUGCAAGGAUUGCAGAUGCCACAGGAUAAUAGUGCCUUGGACAAGGAGUUUCUCAUGGAAAUGAUGGAGCGCAACGAGGAAGUCGAAGAGGCGAAUACCAGCGAGGAACUGCAACGCUUAAACGAAGGCAUUGUACAGGAAUUAAACGAGAGUGCCACUGAAUUAAGUAGCAAGUUUGAAUCGAAUGCACUGAACGAGGUAAAGUCGCUGUUGGUUAAAAUGAAAUAUUUGCUCAGUGUUCAGAAAAGUAUUAAGAAUAAAAUUCAAAAACUAAUGGGCGGUUGAGCCUAAAUGUUACUAUAUGA